GAAGUGGCUGAAGCUUCGAGCAGGAUCUGAGAUGCUUCAAGCUGAGAUAUGGCGCUUCAGGACUCGUGUCGGUGCCUAUGCGAACAACGACCUGACGCACUUCCAUGUUGGGAGGGCACAGGCGGAACGCCGUGCCGAGCAGCUUUUCCAGAAGAAGAUCUUCCUGGUGGCAGACACCGUGUUGGGUGCCAAAGUCCUCGUAUCCGCGAAUACGACGACCGAUGACGUGUGUAUUCGGUUCGAGGGCACACGCCAACACCUGGAAACCAUGAUCCACGAGAGGCUGC